UCAUUUGGGGGAAUGGAAGUAUCAUACCUGUUAUGAUCCUAUCAUUCUACCCUUAUUCUUUACAUGAAAAUGUACUUUUUGAACCUGUUAGAACUUAACAAUGAUUCCAAUUUAAAUUUUGUAACAGUAGUAUCACUCCAAUGUUCUAGUCAAUUGAGAUUUUUUUAAAGUGAAUUAAUUAUCCUUUCCAAGCAUAACUUCUCAUUCUUCAUCAAUUACCAUUCAACAUAUUGAAGAACACAGACUAAUUCUACAACCUCUAUUAUCAUUAGAGGCAUCCUUCAGAUUUACAUGGAUUCAUUAACAUUCUUUGGUUUAAACUGUUUAAUAUGCCAAAAUAUCCUAUAACAGCUCAUAUUUCUCCAUAUUAUCCACCAAAUUAUUAAUUACAUACUUAAUAAAAUAAAUAUCACUAUGUAUACAGAAGAAUUAUAGUGCUUUGAGUUUUUCAGAAGUAGAUUACAUAAAAUCAAGGGCAUUUAUUACAAAGAUUCUCAUCUUACUCAGAUAACAUGUUAUAAAACAACAAUGGAAAGAAAAUCUUUAAAAUACAUUAAAUUCCAAAAUAACAAAAUAACCAAAAGGUAAACUCCAUGUGUAUAUUUCCAGUGUGUGAGAAGAAUAUAUAUUACAAAAACUUUUACCUAUGGAAUUGGUUCUAUGCUGAAAUAAGUUCAAGAUAUCAUUUUGCAUGUUAAAAAAAUGAUUUCUACAUCAACCAACAACUCAAAACCACAGCUUUAUCACAGAGCAAAUUUAGAAUUUGAAAUUAGUCCUGAAAGUUUAUGUUUUCUUACAUAUAAUUCUGCAAGAAAAUACAUCCAUCUAAUAGUAUAUUAAUUGAAAAGUAAUAAUUAUUCGGGCAGCUACAAUUACGUUACUUAUUUCUACCAUUUAGUCUAUUAUUUUCAUGAGGAAAAGGAAGCAUCAUAUAAAGUAGUUUUUUAAUCCAAGUUUUAUUUGUCCAUAUUUUCAAAAAGGAAAUGAUUGCUGAAUUUUCCUGACACCAUUUUUUUCCCCCCAGAAAACUAACCGAAAGCUUACACUAGGUAAUGUUAACUUCAUAUGUAAUGAGGCAGGAAAAUUAAAACACAACAAAAACCAAAAUAAAUCAAACCUAAGAUCUCCAUGGAUGAUUAUAAUAAUGCCCAAUAAAAAGAAAUCAUUUGUGUUCCUUAGAAGGAAAAAAUAUAAAAGAUUGACUUCUCAAAAACUCACACAGAACAAAAGAAUUUGAGCUCUCUAGAGUCAAAAAGCUACUACAGAGAUUGAAAGCAUGAGUUUUCACUCUAUCAUUUAUGAAAGAGAACCUAUAGCUAAGAGGUAUCUACAUGACAUACAAAGAUUUCAGAAACUUAGUAGUUUAGCAGAUGGUUUUCAAAAAUUUGAUCAGCAGAAAAAAGGACUGGUGGCUUCCAUGAAAAGAUUCAGUAUUAAGAAGGAAUCUAGUCAUAUAAAAGAAAUAAAAACAUAAGCAGAGCACGAACUUAUAUGUUUAUUAAAAGAAAUGAAAAAGUCAGAAGCUCAAAAUGGUCCUUCAUCUCUCACAAGAAUUCAUAAAUCUUAACAGCCUGCCAUAUUCUACAAUUCUGAGAUACUAUGUUUGUAUAAUGACACAACAGCAACAAAGCAGAAAAAAUGCAAGAAAUUCAUUUUUCAUCAGUUUAAAGUUGGAAAAGAUGUGUCUAGAGAAGUGAAUGAUAUGGUUCAACAAGGGAAAAGGAAAGUUUUUAAUGAAAACUUGCUCACAGAAAUUAAUAUCACUAAAGUACAACUAUCUGAAAUUGAAAAAAGACACAAAUUUAGUAAUUUGGAGAACCAGGUAAAAGAUUUAAAAAGUCUUUUUAUAUGGAUAUCAAUUUUAGUAGAGGAGCAAGGAAAAAGCAUUAUCAAUAUUGAAAAGGCAAUAAAUGAUACUCAGGAAAAUUGUGAGAAGAAAAAAAAAAGAAAAGAGGAAUUCAGACGAGUUAUUAAGUACAAAAAAAGAAACCCUUUCAAGAUUUUGUAUUAGUGGUGCUAUUCAUGUUGCACUUAA